AUGAGGUCAUACAAUCCUUACAAAUUUUUUUGGGUUGCCAAGAAAAAUCUUUUACUUUUCUUCCGGUCUCCUUUCCAGGCUACAUUCGUCUUCGUUGUCCCCGUACUUUUAAUUUGCAUUCUCGUGUUUGUUCGCAGCAAGGCACCUAGAGAGGCGGUUACAGAACCGGUAAAGUGGCCUGGCUUCGAUAUUGGUAAUGUUCUUGCACCAUCAUACAAAUAUUUGGCGUUCGCUCCUAAUGUUACUCUUUACCAUCAAAUAAUGCUCAGUGUUUCAAUUUCAACAAAUCUGCAGCUCAUUGGUUUUAAAAGUGAAGAAGAAGCUGUUGAUUUCUUUACAAGUAGGGAUACCAGAGUCAAUAAAACUAUAGGGGUUGUAGUCUUCGAUAGCCCUCCUACACUAAGCGUUGUAAAUUACACUAUACGCCUUCAUUCAGAUAACCAAUGGAAUACAAAGUUUUUAUUUCCAUUAUUUUUAACGGUUGGUCCCCGAUCUAAUGAUAUUUCAGCAUCUCCUCCAAAUUAUAAAGAUGCAUUUUUGCCCUUGCAGUAUGCAAUAGAUCGCGCUAUAGUUAAUCUGAACUGUAAAGUUAAUGACACCUUCAACAGGCUAAAAGUCACUAUGAAGAGAAUGCCAUUCCCUCCUUAUAUCAAUGAUGGAUUCAUAGUGAUUAUUCAAAAAGAAUUGGCUGUUCUAUUAAUAUUGGGUUUCAUUUUUCCCACGCUACACAGCGUUCGACUUGUCUUGGUUGAAAAACAACGGAGAAUGAAAGAAAUGUUAAAAGUUUUAGGACUGGGAGAAUCAGCUUACUGGAUUUCGUGGCUGCUCACGAACCUUUUUAUCUUCGUGCUUAUUGGCCUAUCGCUUAGUCUUUUGCUCUGUUUGAAGUUAUCAGAAAAUGGACCUAUUUUGAGGCUAUCAAACCCAUUUCUUAUUUUCUUGUUAUUGAUGCUUUACGGCAUCAGCGUUUCUGCUUUUGGAUUUGCUCUUUCCACUUUUUUCAACUCCGCUCAUACAGGUGUUGCAUUGGUUUGCACAGUAUUGAUUAUUAUUUCACUACCCUAUCCAAUAUUAGAGGAACAUUAUAAUGAAUUGAACUUAUUCACUAAAUUAGUGGCUUGUCUACUGCCUAGUCUGGCUAUGGGAUUUACGGGUCUUUUAAUUGGACGAUUUGAAAGUGCAGGUUUAGGUUUACAGUUUUCAUCGUUUUUCACUCCAGCAUCUCCGGAGGACAAUUUUUCUGUUUCAUUGGUUUGCCUUAUGUACAUUUUUGAUACGAUUUUCUAUCUACUAAUUACCUAUUAUAAAAGUGUUGUCUGGCCUGGAAAAUACGGUAUCCCUAAACCAUGGUACUUUAUAUUCCCUUGUCAAAAUCUACGUAAACACCAAGAUUUAACCGUUAAAGUAUCUGUGGAUAAUAUUAAUAAUGAUAACAAUAAUCAGCAAACAGACAACUUGAUGAAAAAUGCACUACAGACAACAGAAUUACCCUCUGCCUCACAUGUUGCUAAUAUUAGCGAUAAUUAUAAAAUAAUGGAGGAAAAUGUCAUUCAACAAGGCGGAAGUGAUAGUACUGGUGGUGAUCGCCUUCUUCUAUCUACCACCUGCGAACCAAGUCAGUCUGGAUCUGUAUUAACUGGAGGGGAUGAUAUCGCUGUGAGACAGUGUCCUUCAUCAAGCCAGAACUCAGAUGAUGAUUAUUUUGAAAGAGAACCGAUUGGUCUACAAGUUGGCAUUGCAAUUCAGCAAUUGCGUAAGGUAUACUCAAGUAAGCAGUCUACGGUUGUCGCUUUGUCUGGCUUAACAAUGAAUAUUCAUGAAGGUCAAAUAACUGUGCUGCUCGGACAUAAUGGAGCUGGUAAAACUACCACGUUGUCAAUACUAACAGGCAUGCUUCCGCCUACAUCUGGUACAGCUUAUGUCUGUGGUCAGAAUAUUCUUCAAGAUAUUCAAAGUGUUCGUGAAAAAAUUGGUUUUUGUUCACAACACGACGUUUUAUAUGACACAUUAACUGUUGAAGAACACCUGUACUUAUCUGCUCGUCUAAAAGCUGUUCCGAACUCGAUUAUCAAACAACAAGUGGACAGUACACUGGCAAAAGUUUAUUUGCUUCAUAAGAGGAAAAAGUAUGCCAAAACGUUAUCUGGGGGAAUGAAAAGGCGACUGUCUAUUGGUAUGGCGUUAGUAGGUGAUUCGAAAGUACUCAUAUUGGAUGAACCGACUUCAGGACUAGAUCCUGAAGCGCGUCGACAAGUAUGGGAUAUACUUCAGGCAGAGCGACCGUAUCGUGCAAUUCUCGUCACUACACAUUACAUGGAUGAAGCGGAUCAUUUAGGUGAUCGUAUUGCAAUUAUGGCGGGUGGUGAACUCAAGUGUUUCGGUUCUCCUUUAUUCUUGAAAGCAAAGUAUGGUGCUGGUUAUUUACUCUCAGUGAUAAAGCAGUCCAGCUGUUCUCCGGAUCAUGUCCUGAAACAAGUGAAACAAUACAUUCCAAAUGCUGUAGUCCGUAGUGAUUAUGGCGAAGAAAUACGCCUGUUAUUGCCAUUGGAGUCAAUUGAUCAAUUUGCAAAAUUAUUUCAACAUCUUGAAGUGAAUAGGGCAAAUCUAGGCAUUUUAAAUUUCGGCGUAUCUGUUACAACAAUGGGAGAGGUAUUCCAUCGGGUUAGUGAACAGGUGACAACUAAAGAUUCUGCCAAAGUUGAAACGUGUUGCAAACAGAAAUCCACCAAAAGUAAAUUGUUAGAUGUAUAUGACGAAAAUGAUCCCACAGACGCUGUUCGAUCCUCAUUUGACCCAGUAGACUUACACAUCGACCAAAAUCGUAGUUUUCAAGUUUUCCUUCAACAAUUCCACGCCUUGAUCAUAAAGCGUUAUAUAUUUACAAAGCGGAAUAUUGUAUUUUUCUUAAGUCAAAUUGCUGUGCCUAUUGGCUUCACUUUAUUCGCUUUAUACACAUUUCGUCGGUUACUGAGCUUACAAAGUGAACCUGAACCACGUUUGCUUUUGUCAUUAGAUCCAUACGGUGAUAAUGGCUUGCUAGUCAGUUAUAGUAAUGAAGUUGAAGGUGAGGUAGAACAUCGUAUCGCCAGUCAGUUUAUUGAUUCGUAUGCUGGCCAAUUCAAUCGUAAGCAGGUGAAACUAAUUGAAUUCAAUAAAACCACUGGAGAUUAUGAAGAUAAUCUCUUGAAGGAGAUAGCUAUACCGGAUUUGUAUAAAUAUCGUACAAAGUCAAUUAUUGGAUUAGUUGUCGACACUAAAUCUACCUUAAGAGAUAUCAUCCUUUCUGUACGAGCAUAUUUUCAAGGUGAAGCUUGUCAUGCUUCACCAGUUUCUUUGAAUGCAGUCGGAAAUGGUUUGCUGCGUUAUUUUACUUCAUAUCAACAGGAAAUAUGCCCAGGUUUGAAAGUUGGCGAUACUCCACCACAAAUUCAUGUCGCAAAUCAACCUUUACCUAUGACAGAAGAAGAACGUUCCAGUGAGCUGAAUCAAUUCCGGGCGCUUAUACUUGUGACAUUCGCUGCAUUUCCUUUGGCAUCAAAUCUGCUGUUUUCUGCAUCGUAUUUAGCCUCAACGUUUGGAUAUUUUCCAAUUCAUGAAGCUGUUACCAAGGCAAAACAUUUACAGUUUAUUUCUGGAGUGAAAUUAGUGUCUUAUUGGUUAUCGAUAUACGCAUGGGAUAUAUGCUUAUUCUCCCUGAGUAUCAUCGGUAUCCUGGUGUGUUUUGCACUAUUCAAUUUGGAACAGUUUGCUGUCGGUGAAAGAUUUCAUCUUCUGGUUAUCCUAUUCAUAUUAUUUAUGUGGGCAGUAUUACCACAAGUUUAUCUUCUGUCAAGACUGUUUCGAUCACCAACAUCUGGUCUGGUUUGGUUAACAGCUAUAAACGUCUUUACAGGGUCGAUUGGAUUAAUACUUAUCGGUUUGUUGUCAAUUCCGGCUAUACAUCAACAAACUGUUGGAAUCUACUUAAUGUACUUCUGGAUGGCUAUAUCACCGUCGUUCUGUCUGGCUCAUGGUAUUUUCGCAUUGUUUGUAAACUAUCAAUUCCGCCAGAUUUGUGACUCUCUGUUUGUUGAUAUCAUGUGCCAUUUAGAAAGACAAGGUCCUUGUUGUUUAAAGACAUGUGAUCCGUUUUGUGCUUACUGGACUAAAAAUGAAUUAUCCUAUGAAUUAGGCGGAAUUGGUGUUCAUCUUACUGCUCUACUUGCCCAUGGUUUCUUAUACAUCAUUUUCAUCCUGCUCUUGGAUUCUUCAACAGGCAGAUACCUGAAAACCUGUCUUACAAGAGUAUACCGACGUUGCCGUUGUCCAUAUUCCAAUUCAGAAUCAUUAAUGCUUAGUGAAAAUGAUGAUUUGAUUUCUGAAGAGAAUGUUUCCCUAGUUGAAGACAUCGAUGUUCGUCAACAUAGGCAUCUUGUAGAAUCAUUACCGCUUUCAAGACUGAAAGAACAAUCCUCCUUAGCACUAUGUCGUGUUAGUAAAGCCUAUGGGGCGAUUAAUCUGUGCCGAAAUCAAUUAAAACGACCUGCAGUCGAUCGUGUAUCUUUAGCUAUUCUACCGUCAGAAUGUUUUGGGCUGUUGGGGGCAAAUGGUGCUGGAAAGACAACAAUUUUUCGAAUGAUAACUGGAGAUUUAGAGCCGUCAUUUGGACAGAUUAUUGUUGCUGGUUAUGAUAUGAAUAAAAAUCUACGAAAAGCUCAACAAUCUCUGGGUUACUGUCCACAAUUCGAUGCACUCUUACCAUAUCUCACAGGAUAUGAAACCUUACAAUUAUUUGGUCGUCUACGUGGAAUUAAAGAGAAAAUUUUAACUUCACAAAUUGAUAACCUUCUAUAUGAUUUAAAAUUAACAAAAAUUGCUAAUCAUUUAGUUAGUCAUUAUAGUGGUGGAGAAAGACGAAAAUUGAGUGUAGCAGUUGCACUUGUCGGUGGAACUCCAAUAGUUUGCUUGGAUGAGCCUACAACUGGUGUAGAUCCUGUAUCACGUAAAUGUAUUUGGAAUUUACUUAUGCAUUAUCGUUGUCAAGGUCGUACAGUUGUGUUAAGUUCACAUAGCAUGGAAGAAUGUGAGGCAUUAUGUUCUCGUGUGAGUAUUUUUGUCAAUGGUAGAAUCAAGUGUCUGGGAACUUGUCAACAUUUAAAAACACGUUUUGGGCAUGGUUAUAGUCUUCACAUACAAGUCAUGAUUCCAACAGUGAAUACUACCGGUUUAUCAGUGAAUACUAAUUCACAAUCAUCAAUUGUGUCAACUACUUCCACAAGUAUCUUAAGAAGUCGUAACAGUACUGCUGGUGUAGAAAAAUCGAUGGAGUUAAAUCAAACAGCACCACCACCACCACCAACAACAACAACAGAAUUGAUGAUUGAAGCUGUGGAAAACGUGUCCAAUUUUAUUAGACGUGAAUUUCCUGAUGCUCGUUUAGUUGAUCAACAUCAGGGUGUCCUACAGUAUCAUUUGCCUACAGAUGAACACAAUCAAAUAUGUUUAAGUCGGCUAUUCCACUUAAUGGAGACGAAUAAAGCGCAUCUUGGACUUGUUAAUUACUCGAUUAGUCAAACAACAUUGGAACAAAUAUUUAUUGAUUUAACUAAAUUACAAGAAGAACCACCGGUGUCACCUGUUGUUGUUGGACAGCAAUGA